GUUAUUUGUGUCUUCAGGGGGACAUGGUUUAAUCUUUAAUGUAAGAACGAACAUCACACACGUCCUGUAGCUUCUCUUCUUCAUCUCCGUCACUAACAUCAUCCAUAGAGAUGAAACCUGAUGUUUCCUCUGCUGGUCACAUAUUGCAUUACAUACCAACACAUCCCCCUUUCUUUAAAGCUGUAAACAAACAAACGCAUUGGUGCCACCUGUCAAUUACUGCGCUCCCGUCGUGCGCACUUUGUCUCUUGGCGUUCACCUGGAAGGUCUCGGUUUGGCGUGCUUCAUUUGUGGUCAUUUUUAAGUAUCGUUGGCCGCGCUGAUUGGGAGCCGUGUCGUGGAGUGUGGUGUCCGCUCUCUGUGUCCGCAGACUGUGACUGGUACUGGGGUGCUGAAGCGCUCUUGGUUCGGCUGUUGAAGCCACAGCGGUUAAUCCAUUUGUCCUCCUGCGCUCCGUGUGAUGCCACAGCGGCCAUCCAAGCGUAAACUGUUUGCAGCCUCCAGCCCUGGACGCUCCGUCUUCUACACGCCGUCUUUCUCGCAGUCCUUUCUGGGCUCCUGGUGGCUUUCAGCCUCACCACAACUCCUACGACAUGAGAACAUCACAUUCAGUCCAUUGAUUCACAGAUCAAGCCCAACUGGUCUUUUGAUCUGACGCUCAGAUCUCCUCAAGACAGGUUGAUAUUUUCUGGCUCAGGAUGACCCCCUGUCUGUUAUCCAUCCUGUUCCUCCUUCUUUUUGUGUGCUCCGUCAUGUCUGUGACCGAACCUGCCGGCUGUAAAAUCCGCUUCACUGACAAAGGACUGGACAUGUUGAAGUAUGAGACUCUGAAGUUUGUUGAAGAGGAACUCAGUAACAUCAGUAUGCCGGAGAUGAAGGGCCAAGACGGACACUUCCAAUACAACAUCACUGAUGUGAAGAUAACACAGUUGAAUCUGACUCACACCAGCCUGCAAUUCAUGCCAGAAGUUGGGUUAUUGUUCGAUGUUCAGAAUUCAUCAAUCUUGCUGAAUUUUCACCGACAGAUCCUCUACUGGUUCUUUUACGAUACAGGAAACAUUAAUGCAGCGGCUGAAGGCAUGAACAUCAACACUGUUCUGAACCUGAUCAAAGAUGAUGAAGGGCGACUGAAGAUCAAUAACAUCACCUGUGAUGCCAAAAUCAACAAAAUGAGGGCAAAGUUCAGCGGAACACUUGGGAGAGUUUACGACUUCGUGGCAACGUUUCUGACAUCAGGGAUGCGUUUCAUCCUCAACAAACGGCUCUGUCCUGCUCUGAAUCACGCUGCUCUGGUUCACGUGAACUCAAUGUUGGAGACGAUCCCUGUGAGGACGGAGGUCGAUCACUAUAUUGGGAUUGAUUAUUCUCUGAUUGAUGAUCCGGUGGUGACGUCGAGGAGCCUUGACAUGCACUUCAGGGGGAUGUUCUUCGACCUCUCUAAUCAGAAUGACACAUUGAAGAACUAUGCCAUUGAUCCAGUCAUCAGAGAGUACAGCAGGAUGGUCUAUCUUGCACUGUCCGAGUUUUUCUUUGACAGCGGAAUGUUUGCAUACUACAAAGCCGGAAUCUUCCAGAUGCACAUCGUUAACGAGAAGAUGCCCAAAGAUCUGGAGAUGUUAUUGAGAACCACCUACUUUGGAGCAAUCAUAAUGCUGAACCCUGCUCUCGUGGAUGCUCCACUCUCUCUUCAACUCGCUGUCAAUUCGCCCCCAAAAACCACCAUCAAAACGUCUGGAGCCACAGUUGUCAUGACAGCUAUCGUCCAGGUGAUGGUGCUGCCUCCAGGGCAACCUCCGGUCCAGCUGAGCAGCAUGACCAUGGAAACAACAUUUAACGCAAAAUUUUCCAUGAAGGCAAAACGACUGGCUGUUCAUGCAGACCUACGCAGGUUUAAAAUCUUCUCCAAUCAAUCAGCACUGGAGUCUCUCGCAUUGAUUCCUCUGCAGGCUCCUCUAAAGACGAUGUUGCAGAUGUCCGUGGUUCCUUUGAUCAAUAACUGGACCAAGAGAGGAGUUCGGAUUCCUCUGGCUGAUGGCAUGGACUUAAUUGAGGAGGUGGUUGAAUAUCACAACGGCUACAUCGUGAUUGGAGCAAAUCUUCACUUCAGCAAAGGACUGAGAGAAAUGAUCACAGGGGACCCCAAGACAGAGGCUGACUCCAUCUAAAUAUAUAGAUUAUAAAUACAUGUCUGUGUGUACAUAAAUAUCAGUGUUUUUAACCCUCCUUAUCACUUAUUCACUCCUUAUUUCUUUCUUGUGUUACAAUAAAACAAUGAAUGAUGAGAUUUCUUAAAAACAUUUUUAAUUCACCAAAAUAGUAUCAAUUAAGAUGAUGAAGAGCAUCUCCAAUUAAUGAACUCGAUGGGCUGCUGAAAAUUCUGCCUCCAGUGUCUCAUCAAUGGGUUGAUGAAGCCCACCAAAUUGUUUUAUUUAUGCAUCUCUUGAUAUUUUGUUUAUUUGGUUACAGCUAAUCGAAUUGAUGUCACUUAUAUGGUUUUAUUGUUAUUCUGUGUGGAAAUUGUGCAAAUGUUUUAAUAUGUCUAAUAUCCUUCUAAUUAUUCUUAUUUUGUCUGGCAGUAGAUAAUAAAAAUCAGAUCAGUCUGAA